AUGGAUUUUGACAGGGAUAUCAUGCAUCUACUUAUUCCCAUGUUGUCACUCUCAAACGACAACCUCGGAACAGAAGCGGUGCCUCCUCGACCACUUUCCUUCGACCGAGUGAACGAAGGAAAAGCUCCCGUGUCAGACGCUCUGCCCCUCACCUUACCGUUCGAACUUAUAGGGCAGAUACUUGAAAGUCUGCCAAGGUCGUCUCUGGCAUGUCUCGCCCUUGUUUGUCGCGACUGUCGGCAAAUAGCACGCUCACGUCAAUUCGCAAGCAUCACAUUGGACUACAGCGAUCACAGUGUAGCCUUGGUUGAAAAACUCUUGGCUGAAGCCACCAUCCGCGUAGGGAGCUAUGGAGGCUCCAAGAACAUUUCUCAGUCUCUUGGGGUAUGCAUCCGGCGUAUCACGGUGGCCACUCAUCCUGUUUGGGUAGCUGCGCGCCACAACAUCGCCCUUAAAGAUAAAUUUUUGGCGCUUAGUGAGCGAACGAGAGCUAGGCGGCUAGCCAACGCAAGCAAGCAUUUCUUUGACGUCUAUCUCCCAAAGAUACAGCUCCUCCUAGGCUCAAAGAUCGUUCUCCCACACCUCGAAUCCCUGGAUUGGCGUGACAAGAUAGCCCUUCCGCGCUCGUUCUUCGAACGUCUUCCCUCCACCUCCAUCCAACAUCUUCGGCUAUUCCGUGUCAAGGUUAGCGAAGCAUUUGAGAUCAAUCUCCCCAGGCCAUCGAAGGGUUGGCCACUGCGCACUCUUUACAUGGAAGUCGUAUCUGGAUUCGACGGAGAUAAACCUAACACGUCUUUGAUGUGCGCUAGUAUACUCCGUCUCUGUGCGCCGACGCUGGAGUCUUUGACGUGGCGAACUUUCCUAAUUGAGGAUGAGCAUCAUUCUUUUGCUACUUACACAAUGGAGUCAACGCCACAGUUUCCACGCCUGAGGAGUCUAAAGCUUCAAACCGUCUUAUUCUCUGAUUACUCCAUGCUAGACGCCCUUUUGGAAGGUGAUCUUCGUGAACUGGAAGUGGACCUAGGACACGAUUCCUUAUACUCAGAGUUCUUCGAACAACGUGGUACUAUGCCUGCGUUGACGACGCUGGUCUGGGAUGGAAAGAUCAAAGCCGACCAAUCUCUCAGCUUCUUGCAAGCGAACACCCAGUUGUCGAAGCUUAGUUUCCAAUGGGAAGCCCCAGGCGUUUUCCUCGAGACUCGGCUGCUUCCUCUGCUCACGAAAUCAUUUCGACACUUGACCUCGCUAUCAUUAAAAUGGGAGGGUGACUCGAUCCCAGGUUCCGCGCUCGAAGCAAUUAGUUCAUUGGAAAUUCUUCAACAGCUCCAUCUCAGCGCUGGUCAUCAACACGGUUGGAGGUACAGUUGGUUCAUAGAUCAUGCGCUAAUGAGGAGCCGAUUAAAGAAAUUGACCUCUCUGAGGCGGAUGGCCUUCACUCGUGACAUCUAUGACAACGAGGUCGAGUGGUCUGCCCCGGAUAGAUAUUACGAAGAUAGAUUCCACAACGAUCUCGAUCUUGACGCAGACGAGGACGAAUGGGAAACCUGGCAUUGUGAAAGCAUGUUGUCCGAAGCGAGGAAGUAUACGAUGGAAAUGCCAGAUUUGGAAUGGGUUCACUUCGGACAGCUCCACAUGCGAGUUUCAAGGAAGGAUGAAUCGCAUGGUGGUGGCGCCCAUGCCUUCGCUCUAUCCAAAGAGAGAGACCAAUGGUGGACGUAUCUACGGGAGAUGUUUGGGUGGAAGGCGAUAUAG